AGAAGGAAGGAAGGAAGGAGGCUGUUCUUCAUACGUUUCAUUCUGAGUAUCCGAAACUAACAGAAAUUACGCCUCUUAUCUCUCUCUCUCUAUAUUUCGCAAUAAACAAAACCCUAAUUUCCCCCUUCCUUUCUUGAGAAAAUCUCAGACCCUCGUAGCAUUACAUCCUCUCUCUUCCCCUUCGUAUCUUCCCGGGCUCUGUGUUCCUCUCUGUGUUUUCUCGCUCUCUGUGACACUGAAACUCUAUCUGUGCCUCCGCUUUGAAACGCAUUGUUUGGAAUUAACAAUAUUUACACUUCGAAAGCGGUUAUUGAAACGGUUACGUUUUCGUGCUAUAGCUGCUUUUAAUCAUAGCGCGCUAGGGUUAGUUCUUCCUCGCUUUGGCUGUUUUCUCUUCUCUAUUUUUAGUUUCAUAUUCCUCGUAGGAAAAUAAAAAAAAUAAAUUAUCGUUUGUUUCUGUUCAAACCCUAAAAGGUUGCGGUAACACACAUUAAGGUAUGUGUGUGUGUGACUAGGGUUUCUAUUUGUGCACAUUAUUCCUUUUGAGGGGGGUUUUCUCACUCUGAUUUGUUCGGUUCCCUAGGGUUUCUCUGAAAUUAUACUGUUUGAUGGGUGUGAACUCGUGUUAUAGAGACGCGGGUGUUGUUUCGUUCUCGCGAUAUUUCUUUUGAACCUUCGUAUUAGGCGUUUUCAAAGAUUUUUCAUCGGAGAUGAGGGUCUAUUGAGCGUGUUUGUUUGUUUUCUGCAAAUCCAUCUAUAAUUGAAGAUGGAGGUGUAGAGAGAUAGAGAGACGUGGAGACAUAGGGACGUUUGAUGAUAUGCCAUUGCGUUUAAUGUGAAGUCUCGCAUCUUGUUUAUGCCAUUGCCUUAGGAUUCUCUGAGCGUGUACUAACUUCACAACCUGCUGUUUCUUUCAAAUCUUAUUGUCUUAAGCCGGAUUUCGUCAGAUAGAGAACAACCAAUCAACCAAACACAUAACAAUUCAAUUUUUAUUAUGUGUUGGUUCUUUUUCAAUUGCUAACUUGAAUUAUUGGUGGCGACUGGAGGAAGGCUGGGUGUUUUACUUUUAGCAGAAAGAAGACAGGAUUAAGGACAGAAGGUGUUUUUUUAUUAAUUUUUUGUAUAGAAGGAAUAUAAUUCUGAUAGGAGAGGAGUGAAGAAGGUGAGAAGUAUUUUUUCUCUUCCUGUUUAAUCUGAUGAAGUUCAGCACUGCUCCUCAUGGAGAGAAGUGAACCCACCUUAAUUCCAGAAUGGUUGAGAAGUUCUGGAAGUGUUUCUGGGGGUGGCAGUUCAGCCCACCACUUUGCAUCAUCUUCUUCUCACUCAGAUGUUUCGUCCUCAGCACAUCUGGCUAGAAACAGGAAUUCUAAGAGUGAUUUUGAUUCCCCUCGUUCUGCUUUCCUUGACCGAUCAUCUUCUUCUAAUUCUCGGAGGAGUUCAAGUAAUGGGUCUGCAAAGCAUGCCUACAGUAGUUUUAGUAGAAGUCACCGUGAUAAGGAUCGAGAAAGGGACAAGGAGAGGUUGAAUUUUGGUGACCAUUGGGACCAUGAUGUUCCCGAUCCUUUGGGAAGCAUAUUGUCAAGUAGAAGUGAUAACACUUUGCGACGUUCCCAUUCGAUGGUGUCAAGGAAACAGAGUGAGGUGUUACCGCGAAGAUCCGCAGUGGACUUAAAAAAUGGGAGUAACAGCAAUCAUGCAAAUGGCAAUGGUUUGAUUUCUGGGAGUAGUGUUGGUAGUGGCAUUCAGAAGAUGGUGUUUGAAAAGGAUUUUCCCUCUCUUGGGAGUGAAGAGAGGCAAGGAAUACCUGAUAUAGGAAGGGUUUCAUCUCCUGGCUUGAGCACAGCUGUGCAAAGCUUGCCUGUAGGCAGUUCUGCUUUGAUUGGUGGGGAGGGAUGGACAUCAGCUCUGGUAGAGGUGCCCGCCAUAAUGGGAAACAGUAGUUCUGGUUCCUUAUCAGCUGUACAAACUCUUGCUACUUCAGCACCUGGGACUCCAAGUACAACUGCUAGUCUCAAUAUGGCUGAAGCACUGACUCAGGCUCCAUCAAGAACUCGCACUUCUCCACAGGUAACUGAACAGUUCUCUGUCCAAACUCAGAGGCUUGAGGAAUUGGCUAUCAAGCAAUCAAGGCAAUUAAUACCAGUAACACCUUCAAUGGCAAAGAGUUCGGUUCUCAAUUCAUCGGAAAAAUCAAAACCCAAAACUAUUGUCAGAUCAGGUGAGAUGAAUAUGCCUGCCAAGAGCAUGCAGCAACAGUCGUCUUCAUUGCACCCUGCCAAUCAAGCUGUUAUUGGGGGACAUGUCAAAGCUGAUGCACUAAAAACAUCUCAUGGGAAGCUCUUUGUUCUCAAGCCAGGGUGGGAAAAUGGUGUAUCCCUUUCUCCAAAAGAUACUGCUAGCCCUACCAAUAAUGCCAGCAGAGCAUCAAAUAGCCAACUUGCUACACCUACAGUUCCAUCUGCCCCUUUGAGGAGCCCAAACAACAUUAAGCAUUCUUCUGGAGAACACAAGUCAGCUAACCUCAAUUUGAUCUCAGGGUUCAUUGUGGAAAAGAGACCUUCUUUGUCUCAAACCCAGAGCCGAAAUGAUUUUUUUAACCUCUUGAAAAAGAAAACCUCAACAAACAUUUCUGCAUCUCUUCCGGAUUCAGUCUCUACUGUUUCAUCUCCUACCAGCGAGAAAUCUUGUGAAGCGAGCAAGGAAUUGAUCAGUGCUCCUACAAGUCCUCAGGCUAUUAAAAUUGGUGCUGAGUUGACUAGCAAUGGUGGUACAUCUGAAGAGGUUCAGAGAUUUUCUGAGGAAGAGGCAGCAUUCCUUCGUUCUCUUGGGUGGGAAGAAAAUUCUGGGGAGGAUGAAGGCCUUACAGAGGAGGAGAUCAAUGCUUUCUUUCAGCAGUGCAGGGAGUUGGGGCCAUCCUUGAAACUCUGCCGAAGCAUGCAGCAAAAGCUGCUUGAAUCUCAUGCAACUGGUUUGGCUGGCACUUCCUCUGGACUCAACUCUUCAGAUUCUGGGUCGGAAAUUUGACGCUGUUCCCUUGAAUUAGAUCCAAGAAAUUCCAAUUUUUGAUGGCAGAUGGUUAAUUUCCUUUUUCUUCUUUUCUUCUUUUUUUCCCUCUCUACUUUGGAAGAAAAUCGAUGAGUUGAAUAUGAAAGGAAGGGGGAAUUUUUGUUGGAACUGGAUUUUGCAAAUAGUGCAAUAAGUCGCAAGCGCCUCAAUCCUGCCUUCUCAAGGGGAAUUUUCCAAGGUGUCAAGGUUGGUUUCAGGAGAGGGUAGGAUACUAUUUUGUCUGCAAAUAGAAGAUGCUGGGAAAAAUUGCACCUUUUGGGGGUAUUUUGGUCUUUUUCUGUUGUUUUCUUUGCUUUUCUUUUCCUUUCUUUUCUAGAGCGCUUGAUUCUACAUGGGAAAAAUAGGCUUAUGGUGUUUUUGUCAAUUUUACGGAAAAAAGGAAAUCAAAAAGUUUCAUUUCUAGUUUA